CCGAAAAAACCGAACCGAACGAAACCAACCCGAUAUCCGGGUUGAACACCCGUAAUCCAAAUGAAGCCAAACUAUUGUUUCAUUCUCCAAAAUAUAAUAAAAAUAAUAACUUAAUCCCGCGCAAGGCGCGGAUCUUAUCCUAGUAUAUUAUAUAUACACGGCUACUAGCUUGAUCUGUUUUUUUUGGUUUAACAAUACCUGUUUCGCAAAUUAAUAAGUUUGAACAUAGUUAGGAAUUAGGAUUAAAUAAUUAACUAAUUCCGAUUUGGAAACAAAUACUAGUUUUUUUAAUCAAAAGCAACAAAUACUACUUAUGAAUUAGAAUUAAAUAGUCAACUUAUUCCGAUAUGGCGACAAAUACCGGGUUGUUAUGGGCUUCAAUCUUUAUUGUCUUUUAUUUUAAUUGAAUUCAAUCUUAAUUGUCAGAAACUAGAAAAUUUUAAAUAUAAAUGAUAAUGUAUAUUGGCUAAUAAUAUAUUGACAAAGAUAUGAUGUGAUGCUAAAAAUAGCCAAUAUAUCAUAUGAAACAGAAGUGUAUAAUAUUAAUAAUAACAAAAAAACAAAGAUUCCUAGUACUCACUACUUGCAAUGCAUACUCGUAAAAAGAAAUAUUUGAGGGGCAACCCCGACAUUUCCUUAAAGUAAACACAUACCAAUGCUUUCAAUUAAAGCAACUAUACGAUUUGGAAAAAGGUUCAAACUUGAUACUUUUUUUUUGUUCAACGGUUCAAACUUAAUACUAUAUAUGGUUUUUACAGGGAUCCCGGGUAUAUUUUUUGUCCACAGUUUCAUUUCAUAUCCAAUUAAAAAUAGCGUACUUGAAGCUUGCUUAUAUACCACACCGAUGUCGCAAGUGAAAAAUAGUCAUUUUUACAAGAAUUAAUUUAUAAAAUUGAAUGUCCGGUUUACAAUAACCGAGUUUAUACCAAAGAAACAGAGGAAGCAAGUAGCAAGUAAUAUAGUUUCAUUUUUUUUAUGUGUGUUUAUUUCCAUAUUUGCCCCUUUGCGAAGACCGAAACGGAUAAAAAAAGAAAAGAAUCCGCUGUUAAAAAAUAUAAGGGGGGGUUAGUGGGAAGUUGAUUCACACUGAUUUCAAAAAUCAAUAGAAUUUUAAUUCUGUAAGGAUUUUUAUUGAUUCUAAGAAUAUGUCUUCCCAUAUUUGUAGAAUCCAUAUAUUCUUUUGGCUUGAUUGGUGAUGAUUUAUUGGGAUUUAUGUUAACUUUUUCUACUAAUAUUUAUCUAAUUUCCAUAUAAUAUAUGCAAAUAUGGUAUGUUGAAUUCUAUAUAAUGAAAAAGAACGUUCAUAAUUGUUCUUUGCUUUUUGUCCAUCGUAGAGAGCAGAAUUGGUUUUAGCUUGUGCUGGAUUACAUAACUUUCUACGGAAGCAUUGUCGGUCUGAUGCUUUUCCAGAGGAAGUGAACACUCCAAACAAUGACCAAGCAAACUUUGAAGAAGUUAUACAUGUGGGUGCUCUCGAAUCUCAACAAAGAGAAUAUGCUAACAACUGGAGAGACUCAAUAGCUUUAAGUAUGUGGAAUGACGCUGUAGAAGCUGGAAGUCAGCGUUAAUGGUUACUUCUACGUUUCUCAAUGAUUUAUAACUUAUUUUUUCAUUUGUGAUGGUGUUAUUUUCUGGAUUUAUCAUUUUAGAGAAACAAGUCACAUUAAAAUGAUAUGAUUGAGUUAUAAAUAAAACGUGGUUGAGGUUUGUUGGUAUGAUUGUUUAUUCAUGCCACGUUUUGGUCAUUGAGAAACAGGAUUGUUAUUCAAUAGGAAAAACAAAACGUGGUGGUGCCUCACAUAUAAACAAUCACGUAUGAUAAAAGAGAUAUUGAUUUUGUCAUCUCAACUUUAAGAAUACAUGAGUUAACUAUAGUAUUUUGAAAGUUAUGAGUAAUGAGUUAAAAUGUAAUGAAUCUUUGUUCCAAUAACACCAUAAUUUAAUAGAAUUAACAAAUCAGAAAAUACUCAACUUUUUGAAUAACAAAAGAUUUAUAUGGAAUUUUAAAAUCACCAAAGCAAUAACACAAGACUUUUUAGGAAUCUAAGAAUCAUGUUACCAAUAACAAUAGAAUCUUUAAAUUCUUCAACUCCUUAAAAUUCCAUCUCCCACUAACCCCCCCUAAGACAGCCCAUAGGAAAAUGGCCCCUGGUUUUGUGUAACGAUAAUGGUAUCUCUUCUCUUUGGUCCCCUGUUUUAUAUCUCAUUCUGUCUUUUCAAUCCAUUUCAUGAUAUAGGUUCUGAGUUUGAUCCCGUGACAAAGUCUCUGUCUUUUGUUGGUUGGUGGGUUUUUUGAGGUUCAUGGGGUUUGAAAUGAAACAAGAGAAAGACGUUUUGGGACUGAUCCCGAGUAAGAAUCAAGGUAAGGCUAGCAGCUCUAACCCUAGUUCUGUUAAGUCUCCUCAUAAUAAAAACAAGAAGAAGAAGAAGAAUAACAAUAAUAAUAAGAAGAAGAUGGUGAUGGCAUGGCGCCCGAAGAAGACAGAUUCUCCGGCGGAAGAGAUAACUGCGGUUCGGCGACUGUUGCUUACUUGUAAGGAAGUGUUCUCCAACGGCGGUCCUGGAGUUGUUCCGUCUGAAGAUAAAAUCCAACAGCUACGAGGAGUUCUUGACAAUAUGAAACCAGAGGAUGUCGGAUUAGCUCUGACCAUGCCGUUUUUCCGACCAGUCCCCGGACCGAGAAAUGGGUCUUCACCACGGAUAACGUACCUGCCUCUACACGAGUGUGAACAAUUUUCGAUUGCGAUUUUCUGUUUGCCGCCUUCUGGUGUCAUUCCUCUUCAUAACCAUCCAGGGAUGACAGUUUUUAGCAAGCUUCUCUUUGGUACAAUGCACAUCAAGUCGUAUGAUUGGGUGGUUGAUGCUCCAUUCGCAGUGAGAGAUCCGAAAACGCGGCUGGCAAAAUUGAAGAUGGACUCAACGUUAACCGCACCAUGCAACGCCUCCAUCUUGUACCCCGAAGAUGGCGGUAACAUGCAUCGGUUCACAGCGGAAACAGCGUGUGCGGUUCUAGAUGUGCUUGGCCCUCCUUACUGCAAUCCAGAAGGCAGGCAUUGCACUUAUUUCCUAGAAUUCCCUUUGGAUAAGUUCUCAUCAGAGGAAGACGACGUUUUGAGAGGUCAAGUGGAGAGAGAAUGUCAUGCCUGGCUGCAAGAGAGAGAUGAUAAUCCAGACGAUCUUAACGUAGUUGGAGCGUUAUACGGAGGUCCAAAGGUUGAGGACUGAGGGGUUUUUAUCCAUUGCAUUUCGAAUUGUUUUUUUUUUCCUUUUAAAUUUCGGCUUCUUAGUUUAAAUUCUUCUUUGUACAUAAAGGAAAGGAAAGGUAAACAUGAAAAAGAAAAGAUCAUCACUGUUUUAGCUUAAAUCUUCGGUCUCUGUUCAAGUUU